GAUUUAAAAAACUUAUUGUUAAUUAAAUUCAUGCAUACAAAGUUGUAAAGCAUAUGUGAACAACAGGAGAAGUGAACGGCUGCACUUUCAUUGUACGCAAAACCAUUAACUCAAGCCAAAAAUGUCUUCGCUGGAGCAGAAGAAGCGCCCCUCGCUUCAAAUCACUGCAGAUGCUGGAUCGGUGGCUGGAGCUGAGAGCAGCGUGCCAGGCCUUUCGCCGGCAACAACACCGCAGGGAGCGAGCGCUGGCUUUCUGCCAGACAUGCCGCAAUGGAAGAAGGAUUUGAUACAGCGGCGCAAAACGAAUGUGGCACGUACAAAUGCAGCCGCUGGCUCACCAACAACAUCGUCAUCGUCGUCGGCAUUAACAGCUGACAGUAGCUUUGCGGCUUUAACAGAACCGGCAGACUCAGGUGAGACUGAUGCAAACGCCGCAACCGCAACAAUAGCUAGUCAACAACAACGGAAGCAUGGGAAACGAAAUAUAAACCAAACCCAACAACAACCACCACUACCACCACUAAAAGCAGCGCCUAAGACUUCAACAACAGAGGAAAAGUCUGAGAAAUGUUUUAUUAGAGCUGGAGGUCAUCAUACGCUUCCAGCAACAGCAACAACUACUACUACUACUAAUACAGAAACAGCAUUAGCCCAAAGUACACAAGGCAAAGACUUAAACGCGGCCUUUUCAACCGAAACGGCAGCAUCAGCAGCAGCAGCAACUGUUGCUGGCAAUGCACCAAUACCAAAGCAGCGAUCAAGUUUAUUCAACACAAGAAGUCAAUCAACUAGUAAGGAGCAAGAGAUUCUAAAUUUAGACACCAGAGAGCGUGAGCGCGAGAGAGAGCGAGAGCGUGACGCGAACGUUAACAUCGACGCUGAGGUGACUAACGCUGCCAUGUUGAAUAGCUGCCAGACGAACAAUCGCAGUCGCUCUCGCGGCUGUGGUGAAGUUGAAACUGGCACAACGACGACGACGGCAACGACAACUGGAGCAUUAACAGCUAUAGUUGGCCACAGCCACAGCGACGACGGCGAACGCGACCGCGACGUCGGCGCAGCAGCAGUAGAGACAGCGACAACAGCAACAGCAACGACAUCGUCGUCGUCAGCAAAUCAAUUGCAAACGAAAUGCAAACUUGGCCAGAGCGGUGCUGAAACAGCGGCGAUCUCGCCAUUAAAUUUUAACAACAGCGGCUUUAAUAAUAAGGCGAAAAUCUCUGAUAAAUUGCAGAGCAAUAAAUUUAUAAAGAAUCAACAAGAACAACAACAGCAGCAACAGCAACUGGAACGUCAAACAACCGCUUCGCCCACAAAAGUAGCGGUAAAAGCGACAAUGGUCGCCAUGCAAGAAAUGAAAAAGACAACAACACAAAAUGGCCAACAUCGCCAUCAUCAUCAUCGCCAGCAUCAACAGCAGCUUGCGCUGAAGAACGGUGGUGAGAGCGACGUUGAGGCCAAUGUUGCUGCCAUGCAAACGCAGCUUGUGGACGCCGAUCACAGCGAGGAUCUAAGCUACGGUCCAGGCAUUGUGUCCAAGCUGCGCUGCCGUUAUCUUAGUCUAGCGCUACGCUGUGAAUCGCAGCAGCAGAGCCAAAAGCAGCGUCUACAGCGCUCCACCAGCCUGAACACGCUGCUCGAUCGCAAUGACGACGAUGAUGACGAGGAUGAGGAGGAGCAACAACAACAACAACAACAACAGCAGCAGCUUAUUACCACGCAAAGCAGCGUUGUGAACACACGUAACCAAGUGGUGCCCCCACCCAUAUUAAGCGCUAAGCCGCAGCUCAUCGCCGGCUACAAUAAGAACGCCAGCAUCGUGCAGCAACAGCAGCGUCAGCAGCAGCAACAGUCGCAGCAACAGCAGCAGCAGUCAAAGCCGGAACAAGGAUCCAACGGUACGGCACGUUCGCGUCAUUUUAAGCGCGGCAAUGAGGUUAUGAAACGUGCGCGUUCCGUGGAGGCGUUGCUCUGCGAAAAGUCACCCUGGAAUACACAGCGUGCCAGCUACCAAGCAGCCACAGUCUCCAGCAGCAGCAACAUGGUCACUAGCCCCACAGCGGCCAGUGCUGCAGCUUGCAAUAUUGGCUCGCCCACUUGCGUCACCAUUGAGGAUAAAAUACACAAUGCACGCGAGCGACUGCAUGGCGGCAUAGACACGGCUCCGCCCAAGCGUCUCACCUCGAUAAUUGAUGACACUGAGCGUCCGCCGCCGGAUCUGGUCAAGCAGACGCUUAAAAUGUUUGAGGCGAGUGCCAAUCGGCGGCCACGUGCUGCUCAACGCAACAAUGGUGUCGGUGGCGUAGCCAGCAAGGUGGCCAGUUACAAGUCCAUAAUCAAGGAGCAACAGCCCACAAGCACCGGCGGCAUUAGCAGCAGCAGCAGCAGCAGCGUAAGCAAAGUGGCUGGCUUUGCUGCCUCCACACCCAAACAGCGUCCAGGCAGUGCCAGCGCUGUGGUGCCGGAUAUUAUACCACGCCAGCUGGACUCCAGCAGUGCAUUUGAUUCGCCAGUAUCGCUGGGACGAAUGCAUGGCAUUCCCCCCAUAUUGCCCAUUCCCAUACCCUCGCCCAUGCCUACGGCCUAUCGGGCCGAGUCCAGGCCAGCUGAUAGUCAGCGCUUAGUCAGCGGCAGCAACCCCGAGCAGCGAUCGAAAGCGCACGAAGCUAUCAACGAUCAGCAACAGAAGAACGACGUCGACGACGACGACGGCGGCGACAAAGACGACGGUGGCGUUGACGCUCACGCUGACGCAGGCAAAAAUAAUAAAAACAACGAUAAUGGCAACGCUAGCGGCGCAGGCGACAGUAACAUUGAUGAUGAAAACGUCGACGACUCCGACGUCGACGACGACAACAACGACAGCGACGGCGACAGCGACAGCAACAGCAACAGCGACGUUGUUUGCAUUGGCGAUAAUAUGGGCGCGGCAGGCGAUAAGCAAACGAGCUCAUUCAGCAGCGAGGCAUCGGCAACGACAGCAGCAGCAGCAGCAGGAGGCGCCGCCGCCCUUGCCCAGCGAUCAUUUAGCAACAAUUCCAAUUCGAACUAUAAGAAGCUAUCACAACGCAUUGAUAGCAACGAAUCCGGAACACAAACAGCGAAACAAAUUGGCGUCAUAAGACCGCUCUUGAGCAGCAGCAGCAGCAACAACGCCUCCUCCUCCAACCAGACUAGUUCCGGCUCUUGUCAGCCGCUAACCAUACGUGAGAUUGAAAAGAAUCGGAUUAAUGAAAUGAAAAAAUCAACAGCGCUUGCUGCUGAUGCAGCCGCCGCCGCAGCCGCCGGCUUAACUAGUCUUGACACCGUGAUAAACACAAAGGGAGCCAGCGAAACGGAUGCUGCAGCUUCUGGAUCUGGCAGCGAUUUAGCCAGCGGCAGCGGCAUAUCGCCCAUUUGGCCGCUACGCAAGCGACGCCAGCAUCCAGGCAGCAGCGGCAUGGUCACAGCGGGUGGCCAUUUGGUCGGCAGCAGUGGGGAUCAUAACACCUCGAUGGUAUUUAAUUUCUCCAAGAGCACCAAGGAGGUGCCAGACUAUAUUGAAAGCGAUGUUGUGAUCUACAGACGUAAACGGGAGUUGCCCAAGCCAAAUGAACCGGGUUUCGUAUUAUUGGGCGAUCUUACCGUGGAAACGUCCACGGAUAUGGAUUAUGAUGACUAUUCCAUGUGCCCGCCGUCUCCAUGCGAUGUGGAAUUCGAAAAUGCAAAUAUUGUGAUCGAUGGCAAGUCCAGCAUACGACAAAAAUCCAAAGAUUCAUCGUUCCGCGUGCAGUUCAACGAUACAUUAACAUCGACAUUUGAAUAUCCCUCCGAGGCAUCGCAGAUAGUUGACGAUCCACCGUACGCUGAUCCGUACGGCAAUGUGAACAAGCAUCAUCAGUUGCUCUACGAGGAGCAGUUGAUGCAACAACAAAAGCAACAUUUACAGCAGCAGCAGCAACAUCAUCAUGUAACCUCCGAUGAGAUAAUUGAGCUUCCAACAGCGACAGCGUCGUCGUCCUCUGGCACGACAGCGGCGUCGACGUCGACAUCGACGAAUAAAGCUUCAGCGACAAGCGCCAUGCUGGGGAAUUUACCAUUAGAUUACCCAAGUUUAGGGAGGGGUAUUAUAUUGCAACAGCAACAGCAACAACCAACAACAGCAGCAUCAAUAACGACAACAGCAGCAGCAACACAGCAGCUGCAACUGCAAGAGCUUCAAUCUCAGCCUGGAGGAUGCAGCCAGCGCAAAGUGUCAACGCCAGCGGCAGCGGCUACUCAACAGCCGCAGCAGACAAAGCCACUGCCAAAACCCAGUCGAAAUCUCAAGCUGGAACUGCAAUCACAAUCCCAGCCACAGCCAUCAUUCCAGGCACAGGCACGUCGUCGACCUUCGGUGCUGUGUAAACCGCAAUACGCUUGCUUUUUGCAAAAUGAUGCAGUAGCUCCCAGUUCAGCACACCAGGCGGCACGCCGGGCGUCUUCCUUUGCCGCCAAGCCGCAACAGCAACAGCUGAGUAAAUAUAACAACAACUCAAACAACUUAGGCACAACAUCAGCAGCAACAACUACAGCUACAGCUACAGCUCGAGGUGGCAGCUCGUAUCAACGUCGCGCCAGUCUUCCCAUUGCCAUGCAUGCGCCGUCGACGGCAUCACUAGCGCUAUCCACAGCAACCACAGCACUGCUGCAGUCACGCAUACCGGGCACCACACUCUACUAUGUGUGAACGCAAUCCUUCCACACACACACACACACAGACACUCUCUCUGCCAGUUAACAGAAUUGCAAUCGAACCGCCGAACAACAAUCAAAGCCAAAACUGCUUGCAACACCUGCCAGCCAGCCAGCCAGCCAGCCUUCCAGCCUGCCUGCCUGCCUGUCUUAAACAAAACGUAGGCGACAAACAGUUGACAUUGUUUCUAUUUUUUUGUUCGUUUUAUAUCCCCACUGCUGUGGUUCCUCGAUCCUAGGAUAAUGUUGCUUACAUACCCUGCAUUUAGCACUUAAGCCAGGCCGUAAGCGGUGUUUAGUAUAAUCAAGAUUCAUAGAUUUGUAUAUGCCAGGGGUGUGGCUACAACUGAUUUCGGAUUGAAGCAAAUCCGAAACCCGUUUCGGCUAUGCUGCUUUAUAUAUAUUCCAUAAUCUUUGAUACAAUUCACAACUACUCCCGCAACACUUGUGUUCAUUCAAAGCCACAACGUACCUUUGGUAUACUGGACCCGGAACAGAACCCCCCACUCAUGUAAAUAAAGGCUCAACUCACUGGAAUCCAUAUCAAUAUAUAGUCCAACACCUGGUAGUCUGACAAUUAGUGUGUCGAUUGUAGCAUAUUAUUUAAAUUUUAUGUAGUUUUUUUUCUUUGUUUUUGGCAUGCUUUGAACUUAACUUUGUUGUAAAUUUGUUGUCUCAUCUAAUUAACCAAAUUAACCAACUCAUAUCUCAUUCGCUUAAUAGCUCACUCAUUCAGUUCUUUUUGCUCACUCUUCUUCUUUUUAUAUGGUAUAUAUAUUCGUAUACAUAUUUCUUAUACACGCACACACAUAUAAUAUAC